ACAGUCGCCCAGAUAAAGUUUUCGACGGCGUAUACUACACGAAGUGCCUGCAGAUAAAACAUGUAAUAGUUUUACUUUAUCUAUGGCAAAACUAGACGCUUUUAUAUAAAGACCGAAGUCCACACUAAAAGUAAAUUGUAAUAAGUGUAGCAAAAUGUAUUAAGCAAACAUUUAUGUACAACAGUAGAAAAAAUUCUAUAAUUAUAAUAGAAAAUCAUAUUCAAACUUAUGUAUAACGGCAUCCUAUUAUAAUUUAUAAAACCAAUAUCCACAUAGUAAACAUUUUUCGAUGUGGUAUUCUAUUUUUAAUUAAAAGUGAAUUUAUCUGUACAAUGGAAGUAAAACAAGAGGCUUACGAUCCUUUAAUUGCUGAGCUAAAAUAUGAGACACAGGAAUAUCUUAUGCAGAAUGAAAUUGUUAAAAACGGGUUGAUAAAUCAACAAAACGAAGAAAAAAAUAAGGAAUUGAUAACGAUAAAAGAGGAGAAUAAUAUUGAAGACCUGUGGAUGAAUCAGGAUGAUUACCAAAUAAGUAAUUCAACCAUAAAAGAGGAACUGCUUUCAACAAAACAAGAAAAUGAUCAUGUAAGAGUUGAUUAUUCGGAACCACAUAACUAUAAAAAUGAAUCUAACGAGAAGUUUCAUAUUUACAGAACUAAUAAUAAAACUUUUCGAAAAAAUAUGACCAAGUUCAGUAAAGGAAUUUCUAAAAACCACAACUCCAUUAAACACAGCAUUUUGCCCAAUGGUAUAAUUAUUUGUAAAUUAUGUGGAAAUUUCUACACUAAGAAAUUUGAAUUUUAUCAUUUUUCAAGACAUCUUGUGAAAAAAUCACUCUUAAAACGAAGCUACGGUAUGAAACAAAGUAUUAGUGAUAAUUUGGAGUAUAGAGUAAUUGAACCAGCAAAUGUUAUGUCAAUAAAUAGUCGAAUAAAUGAUAAAUUAAAAGAAUCAUCCUACGAUAACACUGAUAAUACUAUAAAGAUAGAAAAACCAUUCAAGUGUACAAUUUGUUUGAAAUCUUUUAGAAAGAAAAACCGUUUGAACGAACACGUGCGCAUACACACGGGAGAAAAGCCAUUCAAAUGUGAACUUUGCUCAAAAUUGUUUAAACAUAGUGUUAGUUUAACCCGACACAUGUUUAUACACACCGGUGUGAAACCAUUUAAAUGUGAAAUAUGUUCGAAAGUGUUUGCAGUUAAACGUUAUUUGAUUGAACACACACGUGUCCACACUGGUGAAAAACCAUUCACUUGCCAAGUUUGUUCAAAAUCAUUCAAAAUUAAAACCAAUUUAGUCCAGCACAUGCGAAUUCAUACCGGAGAAAAACCAUUUAAGUGUGAAAUUUGUGCGAAAUCGUUUACAGUGAAGAAUCAUUUGGUUUCACAUAUUCGUUGUCACACAGAUGAAAAACCAUUUCAGUGUGAAAUUUGCUUCAAAAGUUUUAGAGAUAAAAGUAAUUUGAUAUCUCAUAGACGAUGUCACACUGAUGAAAAACGAUUUAAAUGUGAAAUUUGUCUGAAAUCGUUUAGACAAAAAUAUUCAUUGAAUAAACAUAUGUAUUGUCAUGAACCAGACAAACGAUUCAAAUGUGAAAUUUGUUCCAAACUGUACAGGAAUAAAAGUAAUUUAGAUCGACACGUGCGUUCUCACACUGAAGAAGAACCAAUAAAAUGUGAGAUUUGUCAAAAAAAUUUUAUACUUGAAAGAAAUCUAGUCACUCACAUGCUCUCCCAUACAUUCGAGAAACAAUUUGAAUGUGAAAUUUGUUUGAAAUCUUUUAAACAAAAAUCGUUAUUAAAAAAACAUUUGUUGUCUCAUGUAACAGAAAAACGAUUCAAAUGUGAAAUUUGUUCUAAGUUAUUCAAAAAUCAAAAUAAUUUAGACCGACACAUGAGUUUGCACACAGAAGAAAAACCAUAUAAAUGCGAAAUUUGUUUAAAAGUUUUCAUAAGGCUAAGAAAUUUAGUCACUCACAUGCUGUCCCACACAAACGAGAAACAAUUUAAAUGUGAAAUUUGUUUAAAAACUUUCAAACAAAAAUCGUUAUUAAAAAAACAUAUGUAUUCUCAUGGAACAGAAAAGCGCUUCAAGUGUGAAAUUUGUUCCAAUUUGUACAAAAAUCGAAGUAAUCUAAAUCAUCAUAUGCGUGUGCAUACUGGAGAGAAACUAUUCAAAUGUGAAAUUUGUUUGAAAAUUUUCACACGUAAAAGUCAUUUAGAUACUCACAUGCGUAGUCACACUGGCGAAAAACCAUUUAAAUGUGAAUUUUGCUUGAAAGCGUUCAGAGAUGUCAGUAAAUUGAAUAGACAUACAUUGUUGUUACACUGAUAAAAAAUGAAGGAAAUGUACAAAUACUAUUUAGAAGAAGUUAUCACACUUUUUAAUAAAACAAAACUUAUUCACUUACCACCAAUUUGUAAAUACAUAUUUACAUUAUCGUGUGUAGUAAUAUUUAUACAUAUUAUAUGUAAAUAGAAAAAACAAAAUAAAUUUUAACUUGAAAACGCAUUGUCAACUCAGUUUUUCAAAUUUUCAAUAUAUAUUGCACUAUGGAAACAAUGAUAAAAUUCCAAUUGUAAUUAUCAAAAAUACGAACUUUUAAUAGUGAAUUUAUUUUUCUUUGUGAUUAUGGGCUAAAUCCUUAGAGCAGUAUCCACCCAGCUAAGUUAACAUUUCUGCAAUCAACUAUAUUUACAAAUAUGUCAUUAUAAAAAGAAGAAGAAAAUGGUCUGGAACCCUUUGAUUAUAUUUAUACUGCAAAAAAUUGUUACAACUAAACCAAUGUAAAAUCAUAGUAUCUAAUUCAAAAUAAUGUAGUAAUUUACCGUUCAUCAGAUUAUGUAAGUAUCAAUAAAAAAAUAUUAAAUCAAGGUUAUAAUUUA